AUGGCGCCGCCUCUCCAUGCUUGUCGGAGGCGGGAAAAGACAAGAACGCCCUCUCAAGAGUGCGAAAAUGAUGACUACUCCCCCCUGGAAGCUGGAAAACGAAAGACUGCCCACCAUGAACUUUGUACUGUGAACCAAGGGAGUGCAGACUCCUACCUCUGGGCUCCACCCUCACCUCCUGCAUGCACCAUGACGGAAAAGAAGAUGGCCGCCAACCCGGAAACCAAGAUGGCCGCCAAUGCUGAGCCUGUUCCCGCGGAGGAUGCCACUGAUACAGUCGCCCAGGCUUUGGACCAGCCUGCACCGCAGACGGGGUUUCCAGGAAUGGUGAUCCCUGUGGGUGCCAUAAUGAAGUGCAACCCGUGCAGGUGGCUUAAAGAAAAGAGGGGCUCCAGAGAGGUGGUCCUUGUGGUGUUUUUUUUAGCUCUACUCGUGGAUAAUAUGCUUUCCACAGCGGUUGUUCCCAUCAUUCCAAGUUUCCUCUAUGAAAUGGCAAAUCAGAAUAGAAACACCACUGUGGACCUGAUGGUUUCAUCUUCUUGGUAUGACAACAUCACUAUCUUAAAUGACCAGUCAACUUAUGAAAGGAUCGAUAAUACGAGCCAUGGGGCACCCAAAAAUUCUAGCUGCAAAAAGGAAACGAGUGUCCUGCAACAUGAGAAUCUCCAAAUUGGUCUUCUGCUUUCAUCCAAAUCAAUAGUACAACUUAUAGUCAACCCCAUAGUAGGACUUAUUACCAACAGGAUUGGAUAUGAUAUACCAAUGGUCAUUGGAUUGAUCAACCUGUUCUUGUGUACUUUAAUUUUUGCCUUUGCUGACUCAUAUUGGCUGAUGUUCUUUGCAAGAUCCCUGCAAGGAGUUGGAUCCUCAUUAUCUUCUGUUGCAGGUUUAGGAAUGCUGGCAGAUAUAUACACUGAUGACUAUGAAAGAGGCAAGGCCAUGGGCAUCGCACUAGGAGGCCAAGCAAUUGGUGCAAUUACUGGUGCCCCCUUCGGUUCGGUCAUGUAUGAUUUUGUUGGAAAAUCUUCUCCUUUCUUAGUGCUGGCCGCUCUAGCUCUGCUAGAUGGAGUUUUACGGCUCAGUAUGCUACGAUUUGUCAAUGUUGUUCCAGAUAGCAUUCCACCAACAUCCUACUUAACACUUCUCAAGGACCCUUACAUUCUAGUUGCUGCAGGGGCUCUUUGCAUUAAAUCUAUGGCUCUUGGGGUUUUUGACCCCACCCUGCCCUCAUGGAUGCUGGAAAAUAUGUGCUCGCCCAUCUGGCAAUUAGGUUUGGUUUUCCUACCUGCUGGUGUUGCGUAUGCCCUAUGUACCAACCUGUUUGGCUUUCUGUCAUACAAGAUGAAGAGGUGGCUGUGUGCACUUGUAGGGAUGAUAAUCACAGGAGUUAGUCUCAUAUUGAUUCCACGACCUUCCAAUAUAUAUGAUCUUAUUGGUCCUAAUAUUGCCACUGGUAUUGCUGUUGGAAUGAUUGAUGCAUCAAUCAUGCCUAUCAUGGGACAACUGGUAGAUCUACGUCAUACAUCUGUGUAUGGUGGGAUAUAUGCCAUUUCAGACAUUGCUACAUGCAUGGGAUAUGCAUUGGGACCUGUGUGUGGUGGCGCUAUUGCAGAAGCCAUUGGAUUCCCCUGGUUAAUGAGGAUCAGUGGAUCACUGUGCAUUGUCUAUUGUCCUCUCUGUCUCUUGCUUAGAAACCCACCAGAUAAAGAAGAGAAAAUGGCCAUCCUAAGCCAAGAAUGUCCUAUGGAAACCAAGACAUACACAGACCAGUGA